AUGGAUGAACCCUCACCCGACCGACUUGUGCACUUCUAUGACGAACUAACUGAGGCUCAGGCUGUUCUCAAAACAGAGGAGUAUCGGGCAUACCUCACAAAAUGGGGAGUAAGCGAAUCCGCGGCAGCAAACUACUGCGCCAGGUUUGACCCUAAACGAACUGGAUUUAUAAAACGAGAAGAUAUCUGUACAGCUCUCAACUGCUAUCCUAAUCCGCCCGCCAUUCUUCGCGAAGUCGAAAUUUUGACAACAGACAUGUCCGCAAAGAAAAGGGAAUCCAUUCUUCUUUUGAUCCUUGACGGUACCCAUAAGAAGAAGUCGAAGCAAGAUAGACUGCAGGAAAUCAAGGAACGCAUUGAGCGUGUUUACGGUUCUGGUUGGAACGUCUUCAUGGCCGAUGGUCGCUACUGGUCCGUCUGUUCUCACAAACCUGGCACCAACCUCGUCUUUGUGCACAAAGGCAUGGUGUACGGCGUUCAUCAGACCCCCGCCCCCGAAGAGGCUGAAAGGGAUAACUGCAGUGUGGCACACUAG